AUGGCCAGUGUCCGCGAGCGCUACGCGCAGCUGCACGACGUGGUCGGGUCACUCUCGGAGAAGAUCACGGCGGUGCUGGUCCGCCAAGAGAAGGAUUUCCUCGCCGCGUACCGCGCCCACAUGUACAACGUCCAGAAGGAACUCCACGACACGAAGGAGAAGGUCACGCGCAACGAGACAAUUGAAAACAAGUCGGAGAAGAUCAAGCUCCUCGAGGAAGAGCGCGACUGGUAUCGGAAAGAGGCGCUGCGCCUCGAUGCGUUUACGACCACCAUGAAGAAGGACCUCAAGCACAUGAAAGAGAAGCUCGAGUCCAUUGAAGAGGACCGCGACUGGCUCGAGAAGCAGCUGAAGGCGUCCAAAAAGCAAAACAAACUCCUUCGCGCCGAGCUCGAGAUCCGCCUCGCCAAUUUAUCGACGCAACACAGUGACACUACUGCGCUCUUUGAACGUCCGUCGUCCCCCGCCGACGACGGGCGCACCGCGAGCGACAUGCAGCUACCGCUCGCUGUCGUCGAGCGCGAAGAGAGUUUUCGAAAGCAGAUUCGCCAGCUCAAGCGCGAGCUUCAACACUCCAAGCGCGACGUCAACCGCCUUCGGUCCGACAACAGCAAGCACGAUGCCAACCAACUCGAAGCCUUCUUCCUCUUGAGCAUCGAAGCGGUCAAGCGCGACGUGGUGCGGCGCAAGACCCAGGGCCACCAUGACCCGGAGCUCAAAGAUUUCACGUCAGCCGACCGCAUCCGCGUCAUUGAGCGCCUCCUCGCCCACGACGAAGUGCUCUCGAUUCUCUACGACAAUCUGUUUCCAGAGCACAAGCCCGAGAUCGACGAGGGCAAGCAGCGCGAAGCGCGAACACCGCCGGUAGGCAGCGCCGUGGCGGCCGUGCGGGAUGGCGGCGGGUUGCCGCUUGACGAGGCCACCUUGUCGUACCUCAAGCUCAAAAACAACAACGAGCUCGGGCGCAGAAUGGACGAUGAUAGCAUCAACCAGCUCUUGCAACAAACACAACGCUGUUCGUUUGACUGUCAAUCGCUCUUCAAUGCACGCGUGGCCGCCAUGGAGGCGCGCAACCACGCAACGACGACGACGAACGUCGCUCUCAAGCCCCCGCAAAGUAGUUUGAUCGCUGCCCCCGACUUUCGCACCCGGUUCCGUACGCCGACGCAGUACGACCUCAAGGUCGAGUCGGCCAAGAAGAACAUCACGUCGACCGAGCUCUAUCGACCACCGAGUCUGCAUACGUUCCGGGACGAGAACGCAGACGUCAACGUUGGCGAGCGCGAGUUUACGGCCAAGUUUGCGCUGCCCGACAACCAAGACAUGCGGCGACACAUUGCGGCGGACCAAGAGGGAUUUCUCACGGGCGCCUCGAUCAAGGCCGUCGUGUGCGACCGCUCGUUGCCACGCGGCCAAAACGAAUUCCGGCUGCAGCUGCCGCACACCAACAGCAAGACGGGCAACCUCAAUUUACGACUGCACGUGACGCUGGACCAGGCAGGCAUGUUUUCGGGGCGGUCGCAGCACGCGUACCGGUCCGAAGGGCCCGUGGACCCGCGCUUUGUGCUCGAGUUUUCGCCGUCCGGUGUCGGCCAAGGCUGCGUCGACAUUGGAACCCACCAACGACCCGGCAAAAAUGCCUAG